AAUGCUAUUCGAAAGCUUCGUGAACAACUUCGUUACUACGCUGUUGCUGAGAUAUCCGGCCGUCCUUAUUUAAUUACCAAAAAUGAUCAAGUUAUUGUCAACCGUCUGAAAGAUGUCAAAGUGGGCGAUGUCAUUCAAUUAGACAAAGUGCGUGAAAUCGGUUCGAAAGACUAUAAUUUAAAGGGUGCACCUUAUUUGCCUGAAAAAUUAUACAAUAUCCAUGCGACAGUGAUUGAGCACACGAAGAGUCGAAUGAUUCACAUUGUGAAAAAGAAAAGAAGAAAGGGGUAUAAACGUACUAUUGAUCAUAAGCAAACACAUACAGUUUUGAGAAUUUCAGAAGUGGAAGUUUCUGAGCCAGUGAACAAAUAA